AGGAGGCAAAACCAACGAGUGGAGGCUCAAGUGCAUCGCCAUUGGCAACCCCGUCCACCUGAAGUGCAAUGCCUGCGACUACUACACCAACAGUGUGGAUAAGUUACGCCUGCACACCACCAAUCACAGGCACGAGGCGGCCCUGAAGCUCUACAAGCACCUGCAAAAGCAAGAGAGUGCGGUCAACCCGGAGUCCUGCUAUUACUACUGUGCCGCGUGCGAUUACUCCACCAAGGUCAAGCUGAACCUGGUGCAGCACGUGCGCUCGGUGAAGCAUCAGCAGACCGAGGGCCUGCGCAAGCUCCAGCUCCACCAGCAGGGCCUCGCCCCCGAGGACGACAACCUCGGCGAGAUCUUCUUUGUGAAAGACUGCCCACCAAGUGAGCUCGAAUCUGCCUCUUUGGGAGCCAGGACCUGUGAGGAUGACCUGUCGGAACAGCAGCUGAGAGUGACCUCAGAAGAACCAAGUGAGGAGGCAGAAGGACCUCUUAAGCCGACACCGGUGGCUGAGGAGGAUGAGAAAGACACAAAUGAGAGAGACCCUGGUGAAGGCAAAAACUCCGCCAGUAAAGACCCCGGAAUAAUCACACCAGAGAAGGAGCUGAAAGUCACUGUGGCGGGGGUGACCCCGCCACUCCUGCUGGCAAAGGAAGAAGAUGUCACAACAAAACGAUCGAAAGCUACAGAGGACAAUAAAUUCUGUCACGAACAGUUCUAUCAGUGUCCUUAUUGUAACUACAAUAGUAGGGACCAAAGUCGCAUCCAGAUGCACGUCCUGUCGCAGCACUCGGUGCAGCCGGUCGUCUGCUGUCCCCUCUGCCAGGACGUCCUCAGCAACAAGAUGCACCUGCAGCUGCACUUGACGCACCUGCACAGCGUCUCCCCGGACUGCGUGGAGAAGCUGCUCAUGACAGUGCCUGUGCCCGAUGUGAUGAUGCCAAACAGUUUGCUGCUGCCCGCAGCUGCCUCUGAGAAAUCAGAGCGGGACACACCUGCAGCCGGCACAGCCGAGGGGUCGGGGAAGUAUUCAGGCGAGAGUCCAAUGGAUGACAAAAGUAUGGCAGGUCUUGACGAUGCGAAGGCCAGCGUGGAAAUAAAGAGCGAGGAGCAGAAACCAGCUAAGGAAGCCAUGGAUGUGUCCGAAUGGAACAAAAAUGGCAGCAAGGAUGUGAAAAUCCCCGACACCCUAUCGGAUCCGCUCAGUGAGCAGCAGAAGCGGCAGCCGCUGUCGGUUUCCGACCGCCACGUGUACAAGUACCGCUGUAACCACUGCAGCCUGGCCUUCAAGACGAUGCAGAAGCUUCAGAUCCAUUCCCAGUACCACGCGAUCCGGGCCGCCACCAUGUGUAAUCUCUGCCAGCGGAGCUUCCGCACGUUCCAGGCUUUAAAAAAACACCUGGAAGGAGGCCACCCCGAGCUCAGCGAAGCCGAGCUCCAGCAGCUGUACGCCUCCCUGCCCGUGAACGGAGAGCUCUGGGCCGAGAGCGAGGCCCUGGCCCCGGACGACCACGUGCUGGAGCAGGAAAUGGAGAGGGAGUACGAGGUCGACCAGGAGGGGAAGGCGAGUCCCGUGGGGAGUGACAGCAGCUCCAUUCCUGAUGACAUGGGCUCUGAACCAAAGCGGACCUUGCCCUUCAGAAAAGGGCCCAACUUUACGAUGGAAAAGUUCCUCGACCCUUCCCGCCCGUAUAAAUGUACAGUGUGUAAAGAGUCCUUCACCCAGAAGAACAUCCUCUUGGUCCAUUAUAAUUCCGUUUCUCAUCUGCAUAAGUUGAAAAAGGUGUUGCAGGAGGCCUCCAGUCCCGUCCCUCAAGAAACCAGCAGCGGCGCCGACAACAAACCCUACAAGUGCAGCAUCUGCAACGUCGCCUACAGCCAAAGCUCGACCUUGGAAAUCCACAUGCGCUCGGUGCUCCACCAGACCAAGGCCAGGGCCGCCAAGCUGGAGCCCGGCGGCCACGGCCUCGCAGCCAGCGUGGGCAGCCCCGGCCCAGGGAUGUUGGAGUCCAUGAGUUUAGCCUCCGUCAGCAGCAAAGAUACCCACUUAGAUGCCAAAGAAUUAACUAAAAAGCAAACUCCGGAACUCCUCUCCGCGCAGCCCCCGCACCACCCGCCGCAGUCACCAGCACAGAUCCAGAUGCAGCUCCAGCACGAGCUGCAGCAGCAGGCGGCCUUCUUCCAGCCGCAGUUUCUCAACCCCGCCUUCCUGCCGCAUUUCCCCAUGACCCCCGAGGCUCUGCUGCAGUUCCAGCAGCCUCAGUUCCUCUUCCCUUUCUACAUCCCGGGCACGGAGUUCGGCCUGGGGCCGGAGCUGGGCCUGCCCGGCUCUGCCGCGUUCGGGAUGCCCGGCAUGACGGCCAUGGCCGGAUCCCUGCUCGAAGACUUGAAGCAGCAGAUUCAGACGCAGCAUCACGUCGGCCAAACCCAGCUGCAGCUCCUGCAGCAGCAGGCACAGCAGUACCAGGCCGCGCAGCCCCCGCUGGGGGCCGAAGGCCCGGCCGCCAAGGAGGGGCCCUCUUACAAGGAGGCCGAAGAGAGUGCGGAAAAGCAAGACAGACCAAAGCCAGAAUUUACCAGCGAUGGGGAAGGACUCAAAGAAGGCAAAGACUCCAAGAAGCCCAAGGCCCAGGAACCAGCCAUCCCGCCGCCGCGGAUCGCCUCCGGGGCCCGGGGGAAUGCGGCCAAGGCCUUGCUGGAGAACUUCGGGUUCGAGCUGGUCAUCCAGUACAACGAGAACCGGCAGAAGGUGCAGAAGAAGGGCCGGGGCGGGGACGGGGACAGCUCGGACAAGCUGGAAUGCGGGACGUGUGGGAAGCUCUUCUCCAAUGUCCUCAUUUUGAAGAGCCACCAGGAGCACGUGCACGGGCAGUUUUUCCCCUACGGAGCCCUCGAGAGAUUCGCUCGCCAGUACCGGGAGGCCUACGACAAGCUUUACCCGAUUUCGCCACCUUCGCCAGAGACGCUCGGGCUCGACCCCAGCUUCCUGCGGCACUCGCAGUUCAAGCGCCCGCGGACCAGGAUCACGGACGACCAGCUCAAGAUCCUGCGGGCCUACUUCGACAUCAACAACUCCCCGAGCGAGGAGCAGGUGCAGGAGAUGGCGGAGAAGUCGGGCCUCUCGCAGAAGGUCAUCAAGCACUGGUUCCGCAACACGCUCUUCAAGGAGCGGCAGCGCAACAAGGACUCGCCCUACAACUUCAGCAACCCGCCCGUCACGGUGCUGGAGGACCUGCGCCUGGACCCGCCGCCCGCCGCCCUGGAGCCCUACAAGGCCGACGCCGCCUUCAGCAAGAGGUCGUCCCGCACCCGCUUCACCGACUACCAGCUGCGGGUCCUGCAGGACUUCUUCGACACCAACGCGUACCCCAAAGACGACGAGAUCGAGCAGCUGUCCACCGUCCUCAACCUCCCCACGCGGGUCAUCGUGGUGUGGUUCCAGAACGCGCGGCAGAAGGCCCGCAAGAGCUACGAGAACCAGGCGGAGGCCAAGGACAGCGAGAAGCGCGAGCUGACGAACGAGCGCUACGUCCGCACCAGCAGCAUGCAGUACCAGUGCAAGAAGUGCGCCGUGGCGUUCCCCCGCAUCUUCGACCUCAUCACGCACCAGAAGAAGCAGUGCUACAAGGACGAGGACGACGACGCGCAGGACGAGAGCCAGACCGAGGACUCCAUGGACGCCACGGACCAGCUGGUGUACAAGCACUGCUCGGCCUCCGGCCAGGCGGACGCGGCCAAAACCGCCGCGAACAGCCUACCUCCGCAGCUGCUGCAGUACCAGUGCGACCAGUGCACCGUGGCCUUCCCGAGCCCGGAGCUCUGGCAGGAGCACCAGCACAUGCAUUUCCUGGCCGCGCAGAACCAGUUCCUUCACUCGCCCUUCCUGGAGCGGCCCCUGGACAUGCCCUACAUGAUCUUCGACCCCAACAGCCCCCUGAUGACCGGCCAGCUGCUGAGCGGCUCCCUGGAGGGCGGCCCCGGCGGCGAGGACCAGCACCGCGACAAGCGCCUGCGGACCACCAUCACGCCCGAGCAGCUGGAGAUCCUCUACGAGAAGUACCUGCUGGACUCCAACCCCACCCGCAAAAUGCUGGACCACAUCGCGCGGGAGGUGGGGCUGAAGAAACGCGUGGUGCAGGUCUGGUUCCAGAACACGCGCGCCCGGGAGCGGAAAGGCCAGUUCCGGGCCGUGGGGCCGGCCCAGUCGCACAAGCGGUGCCCCUUCUGCCGCGCCCUGUUCAAGGCCAAGUCGGCCCUGGAGAGCCACAUCCGCUCCCGGCACUGGAACGAGGGGAAGCAGGCGGGGUACAGCCUGCCCCCCAGCCCUCUGAUAGCGGCGGACGAGGGCGGGGAGAGCCCCCAGAAAUACAUCUACUUUGACUACCCGUCUUUGCCGCUCACUAAAAUCGACCUGUCGAGCGAGAAUGAGUUGGCUUCGACCGUGUCCACGCCCGUGAGCAAGACGGCCGAGCUGUCCCCCAAGAACCUGCUCAGCCCUUCUUCCUUCAAAGCCGAGGGCCCCGAGGACGGGGAGAACCUGGGCGCCCCUCCCGCCGAGGCCGGGUACGACCAGAGCAAGACCGAUUUCGAUGAGACGUCGUCCAUCAACACGGCCAUCAGCGACGCCACCACGGGCGACGAGGGCAACGCCGAGGUGGAAAGCACCCUGGGCGGUUCCGGAGACGGGAAGCCGGCCCUGUCGCCGAAAGAGCCCAAAACUCUUGACGCUUUGCCAAAAGCAGCAACCACACCCACCGCAGAGGUCUGCGAGGAGAAAUUCCUCUUCUCCCUCACCAGCCCCUCCAUGCAUUUCAACGACAAAGACGGUGACCACGACCAAAGCUUUUACAUCACGGAUGACCCCGAUGACAACGCCGACCGCAGUGAAACGUCCAGCAUCGCUGACCCGAGUUCCCCAAAUCCUUUUGGGUCCAGCAACCCUUUUAAAUCCAAAAACAACGACCGCCCGGGGCACAAGCGUUUCCGGACUCAGAUGAGCAACC